AUGGCCGCCACCGCCCUCUUCUCGUGUCACUCGUCCAACCCCUUCGAGAACACGCUCGAGAGCCCCUCCGCCGGCGCCCACGGCUGUCCACCUCUCUUCCACAGACACAUGGAUAUCGACCUCGCCCAACAGUUCUCCGACGAUGGACCAAGCGAGACCACCCUUCCGCAGCUCGAGCAGUACCAUUCCCACCUUGCCCAGCUCUUCCCCGACGCCAACAUCCCCACGUACAACUACGGCGCGUCCUCAAGCAAGAACACGCUGGAGAAGAUGCCGACCAACCUGAGCGUGGAGGAGAGUGUGGACGAUGAGAUGCUGAGCGACGACGACGAGGAAGAUGAGGAGAUGGUCGAUCCGGGUGACGAGCUCGAGGUCGAUCUCGACGACGAUGACGACGAGGAAGAGGAAGAUGAAGGCGACACCACCGACGAGGAGUCCUCCAUCCUCCUCAAGCCUCGUUCUGAACAGGCCGAGAUUCUCGAGGAGAUCGUCGACCUCGAGAAUGCCGUGCCCGACCUCGCCGAAGACUACAAGCUCCUCGACCGACUGGGUACGGGCACCUUCUCCGCCGUCUACAAGGCCCUCGAUCUAGGCUAUCACACAAGAUGGCACAACAGAGAGUGGCAUGGACGACAUCCCCCAAACUCUUCUGCGCACUACCAGAGUGCUUCGCAUCCUCGAGACCAGAAAGUGUACGUCGCCGUCAAGCGUAUAUAUGUCACCAGCGGCCCCGAACGGAUACGGAACGAAAUCUCCAUUAUGGAGGACUGUAGAGGGUCCCGGCACGUGUCUCAGAUCAUAACCGCAUUCCGACAUCAAGACCAGGUGGUCGUCAUUAUGCCCUACCAGAGGAACGCCGACUUCAGGGACUACUACAAGUACAUGCCUCUCGCGAGCGUAAAGUGUUACUUCCGCUGCAUGUUUCGGGCGUUGCGCGAUAUCCAUUCUCGCGGUAUCAUCCACCGAGAUGUGAAACCAGCAAACUUCCUGUACGACCCCCGCACAGGGAUCGGAACGCUCUGCGACUUCGGUUUAGCCUGUCGCAUUGAAAGAGGGCAGAGCCACGGAGCUUGUCUUCACACGCCGCCGACUCGGGACUUUCCCCACGGUCGUCUGAAGCCAAGGGUGGACCUGAACGUAGAUCGCAUCAAGAAAAUGCAGAGGGACGCGCGUUUGAAAAGCGCAAGUCCGUCCGACAAGAUAGGCUACCCUGCCAAAGACGCUCGACCUCGAUCCAAGGCCAACCGUGCUGGUACGAGGGGCUUCCGUGCACCUGAAGUCCUCUUGAAGUGUGGCGACCAAACCGGAGCUAUCGAUGUUUGGUCGGCGGGGAUGAUCCUGCUGUUCUUCUUGACGAAGAAGUUCCCCCUCUUCCAGUCAAAUGACGACACCGAGGCUCUGAUGGAGAUUGCCGUCGUUAUUGGCAAGAAGCGCAUGGAGAAGACGGCGACCCUGCACAGUCGCGUUUUCCAGUCCAACGUUCCCUCUCUGUCGCAAGAGGGCACCACGUGGAGGCAGCUCGUGGAGAAUCUCAACCCGAAUAUCCGCGUGCCAGCCGUUCAUGACCCGUACUUCUUCCCUCCGCCCCCACCGUCCCGCGCCAACAGCCAUCCGCCAUCCUCCUCAUCCGCUUACUCCCGCUCCUCUUCCGCUGGGCCCGAGCGCUACUCUUCUCCAUCUCCCGCCGACCUGGAAGCCUACUCCGCCGAGAUCAACUUCGCGCUCGAUUUCCUCUCGCAGAUCAUGGAGCCUGAGUCGACGAAACGGCUGACGCCACGCAAGGCGCUCUACCACCCAUUCCUGCGCGACCCUGCGGAGCCCGAGGACGACGAGGUGGUGCCGCACCCGUUCGGCUUUGGGGCGUGCAGCGAGCACCACUUCGUCGACGAGGAGACCGACGAGCUGUGCGUGCGCGUGAAGCUCGAGGGCAGGGAGGACUGGGUCGUUCGGCGGGUGCCGGCCGGGGAGGGCAUCGCGAUCGGGAAGGAACCGUGCGAGUUUCAUCGCGACCCGGCAGCGAAGCAAUCCGACCAGAGUGAGGGCGAGGGAGAGUAA